CCAAUCUCAACAGCGAUGGCACUUCCCAACCACCCCCCACGGUCAGCAUCUACGCCAUCAACCACUGGGCAAUCAAGGCCAUUUGCGUGUGCCUCCACCCGAUUACAACAUGGCUGACCCUGUCCACCGACUUCCUUGGGGUUCUGGGCGGUGGGCGGCGGUGGGCGGAUGACUCAGCCGGCGAACGGAACGAGGAAAAACGAAGGCGGGAAGCGUGGGAGAGAACGAACUUCCAGCGACAUCAGCUCCCCCAAGAGCUUUCACCGUCCCCGCCACAUCCUUUUCCAGCAGUGCCUCUAUGGCUGCAGCACUCUCGACUUGCCAUUGAGACGUCAGAUUCCCCCACCCGCUUGACCUUAGCCUCCGGGCUCAUCUUCCUCGACCAUGGCCUCCUCCCUGCUCCGCCGGCCAGGCAAUCUUGCUCGAUACUCGAGGAGAGCCGUAGACUGCAUUUACCGCGCAGGGCCGCUCUCUGCACACGCUCCGCAGUCAAGGCUUACAACUCUUAUCAUCACACACCGCGCCAGGACAUAUGCUACGCAGCCCUCCGGGGGCCCGAAACCCCCGAACGACAAAGCCAACAACAAGAAGCCGGCAAGCUCAGGAACCGGACCCGGGGAUAAUGACGGAACUCCCAAGGCGGAGGAGGAGCCUGUGCUCAGCAAGGAAGAACUGGAACAACUCGACAAGCUCAUCGCGCACUUGAAGGAACGGGUACCCAACUCGCAACAUUCGAUGCUCGAGGACGCGCGGACGGUGAUGAUGAGACAUGGAUUUCCUCCGCCGGUGAAGGACUUUAUUGACAAGCACAUCAGAACCGGGCAGGGUGCCAGUAUGAUCACGUACCUGCGUUUAACAGCCGAACUGGCUGGUUAUCUCGAUCAAUUCGCCCGUCACCUAUACGAAGUCGAACAGGAGAGAUUGUCGAAGGAGAAGGGGACGAAGGAGAAAGAAGAGGGCCAAGGAAAAGAGGCAUCUCAGAAUCAGGAAACACAAAAGGAAUCAAAGGAAGAAGAGCCACGACGGCGACAGGAAGAACAGCAAGGACAACAACGGGAUAACAAGAACCCGUUCGGCAAGAAACCGCCGGAGCCUCAAGAAGUGUUUUCUUUCAAAAUCGACAACUUGUAUCUUUGGGCGGGCAUACUUGUCAGCUACUAUGUCUACCGCAGCUUCUUCCCCAGUGAGAACACCAACGAGAUAACGUGGCAGGAGUUUAGAUCGAAUUUCCUUGAGAGGGGCUUGGUUGAGAGGCUGGUUGUCAUCAACAACUCCCGGGUUCGCGUGGAACUUCACCGUGAGGCGGUAGCUCAAGUCCAUCCCGACUCGCCGGCUGCCCAUCCUGGCUUCUUCUACUAUUUCAACAUUGGGUCCGUUGAUGGCUUUGAGCGGAAAUUGGAUCAAGCUCAGAAUGAACUUGGAAUUCCCACUUCCGAACGAAUUCCCGUGAUGUACCAGGGAGAGCUUCCCUGGGCAGCUACGAUCGUCAGCUUUGGCCCCACCGUGCUACUCCUGGCCGGUAUCUACUUCUUGUCAAGACGUGCAAAUGGUGGCGCUGGCCAGGGCGGGAUCUUUGGCAUUGGAAAGAGCCGUGCCAAGCGCUUCAACCAGGAGACUGAUAUCAAGAUCAAAUUCUCCGACGUGGCUGGAAUGGACGAGGCCAAGGUGGAGAUCAUGGAGUUUGUCAGCUUCCUCAAGAACCCGGAGCGAUUCCAGAAGUUGGGUGCCAAAAUCCCCCGUGGCGCCAUUCUCUCGGGUCCGCCCGGUACCGGUAAGACGUUGCUGGCAAAGGCUACCGCGGGCGAAUCUGGCGUGCCUUUCUUCAGCGUCAGUGGAUCGGAGUUUGUCGAGAUGUUCGUCGGUGUCGGUCCCUCCCGGGUUCGUGACCUCUUCGCCAACGCGCGGAAAGCCACCCCUUGCAUUAUCUUCAUUGAUGAGAUUGAUGCCAUCGGCAAAUCGAGAUCGAAGUCGAACUACGGCGGCAACGAUGAGCGUGAGAGCACCCUGAAUCAGAUCUUGACCGAGAUGGACGGCUUCAACACUUCUGAACAAGUGGUGGUCUUGGCCGGUACGAAUAGACCCGACGUUCUGGAUCAAGCUCUGAUGCGUCCUGGGCGUUUUGAUCGGCAUAUUUCUAUCGACAGGCCCACCAUGGAUGGCCGCAAACAGAUCUUCGCCGUUCACCUGAAGAAGAUCGUGACGAAGGAGGACAUGGAGUACCUCCAAGGAAGACUUUCGGCGUUGACCCCCGGGUUCGCUGGUGCUGAUAUCGCCAACUGUGUCAACGAAGCGGCUUUGGUUGCGGCUCGUGAAAACGCCGAUCAUGUCACCAUGAAGCACUUUGAGCAAGCUAUCGAGCGUGUGGUUGGUGGUUUGGAGAAGAAAUCUCUUGUGCUUUCGCCCGAGGAGAAGCGCACGGUCGCCUACCACGAGGCCGGUCACGCUAUCUGCGGAUGGUACUUCCGCUGGGCUGAUCCUCUCCUCAAGGUUUCGAUCAUUCCCCGUGGCCAAGGUGCCCUGGGUUACGCCCAAUACCUGCCCGCCAACGGCGACACCUACUUGUUGAAUGCGAACCAGCUCAUGGACCGCAUGGCCAUGACCCUGGGAGGACGUGUCAGUGAGGAGCUGCAUUUCGAUACCGUCACCAGCGGAGCUAGCGAUGAUUUCAACAAGGUCACCCAGAUGGCCACUGCCAUGGUGACCAAAUUCGGCAUGUCAUCCAAGCUGCGCUACAUUUACUACGACGAGGACCCGAAGAGCCAGAUGCACAAGCCCUUCUCCGAGGACACUGCCCGGGAUAUCGACGCCGAAGUCCGCCGCAUCAUCGACCAGGCCUACAAGCAGUGCCACGAUCUUUUGACCAGGAAGAAGAAGGAAGUCGGCAUUGUGGCCGAGGAACUCUUGUCCAAGGAAGUCCUCAGCCGUGACGACAUGAUCCGUCUUCUCGGUCCCCGCGAGUGGCCCGAAUCCAACGAGUUUGCCAAGUACUUUGACGGCCGCGGCACCAUCGCUCCCCCAGAACCUACGGCCCCCGAAGGCAAAAAUGGCCGCGACUCGACCCCGAUUCCCCCAUAGAUGAUACACGUUGGGGUUCUGCAAUUCUUCUUUUCUCUCGAGCAGGAAUAUCACGGCUGACGAAAGAUGGGAGCGGGGGUUGCAUGUCAUAUCAUACUAUAUCGUUUCUCGCUUGGGUUUUGUAUUUAUUGUGAACACUCUCACACACUCACGGAGCAUCUCCUUUCCAACCAUUAUCCCUCUUCUGUCCGGCUCGAACUCGUUUCUUUCCCCGUCGCAAUGUUGUUAUCAUAAAUAUUAGGACCUAUGUUUUUUGCGUGCUCUUCUUUCCCCCGUCUCUCCACUAUGCCCAUCUCCUUCCCAAUUCCCAAUCCAGUUUAUCCCCAGCCAUCUAUCACCUCGCUCGUCUCCUCUCCUCGUUCGCCUCUUUCUUCCUCCGAGAGAGGCAUCCCCUGUGUAUUGUACUUGUAUAGUAGGUAGUCUUAUUUCGAUUGGUGUUUCUGAUACCUAGACGGUAGUGCAAUUUGCAAUGGCAUGAAACUAGAUCCUAUC